UGAGCCUGCCAGAAUUAAACCUCACCAUGUUCUGCCUUUAAGGACGGCUUCACAACAAGCUGGCUAGAAUGAUGAAAACAAAACUGUCGAGCAGGAAAAUGAAGGACUUCAAUCUCUCGCUAAUAAAUCAUGUGUGAAAGGAAGCCACGGUGAGAAAAUGGCUUCUCACAAGUCAAAGACUGGCACCAAGAUAAAUGUUACAAAGGCAGCGGAGGAAUCCAGUCCAGUGGAUGAAUAUGUCACACCUGGGGGCUAUGAGCUGGAGAAAAUCCUCAACCGUGGGAGUGUGGCUUACACUCAUGUCAACGAGGUUUGGCCUAACACCUACAUCGGGGACGAGGAGACUGCAAAGGACAAAUAUAAUCUGGAGAAGUUGGGGAUUACGCACAUCUUGAAUGCGGCAGAGGGGACGUGGAACAACGUGGACACUGGAGCUGGUUACUACAGCGACAUGGACAUCGUCUAUUACGGCGUGGUAGCAGAGGACAUCCAAACCUUUGACCUCAGCCAGUAUUUUUUCUCUGCUGCCAAGUUUAUUGAAGAAACACUAAGCAAUCCUCAGAAUAAACUGCUGGUUCACUGCGUGAUGGGAAGGAGUCGGUCUGCCACGCUCUUCCUUGCCUACCUCAUGAUCUGUGAGAACAUGACGGUGGUUGACGCCAUCGAGCACGUGAAAAAACGCAGGCGGAUCAUCCCCAACUGGGGCUUCCUGAAACAGCUGAGAGAAUUGGACAUGCAGCUCCAGGAGAAAAAGAAAGACACUACAGAGCAGAGCUGAUUAUAAA